CUUUGGCUGUUGGUGGUUUAAUAUGAACGAUUCCUGUGUUUACAACUGAAAAAGAAAACUAAGUCAUGUUGGUUAUGAAGCUGAGUUAAACAUACUCGUGAGGAAUAUUAUCUUUAUUGUCGCAGGAAAAAGUUGUGGUUCGGUGAUGUUACUACCUUCCGAUGUGGCUAGGCUUGUCCUAGGCUAUCUGCAGCAGGAAAAGCUUACAGCCACUUGUCAAGCCUUCAUACUUGAGAGUCCGAACCUAAAAGAAUAUGCUGAGCACUGUUCAGUGGAAGAAGGAGUUUCAGCUUGCUUAUUGUCCUUGUUUGGGAAAAAUCUGGUGUCAAUUCUCAAUGAAUAUGUCAGCAUGAAAGCAAAAGAAACAACGCUGGAUAUUCAGACAGCUCUGGCUUCUCUCUGGAAGAAACUGGACAUCACACUUUCCCAGAUUAGGAGCUUGCAGACUUCAGCAUCUUUCUCUAGUAAUCAGAGAGCUCGCACCAGGAAUGGCAUUGCUGAAAUAAGGCGACAGAGAAGUAUGGCACCACAGCAGUCUUCCUCAGAAUUGCUGCCUUCUCUUCAGUUUAGACAUCCUUCUCCCAUGCCAAUAUCCAUUACUCCAUACGUUGCUCAUUCCUCACUACCACAAGCAAUACAGAGUCCUGUGAUACUUGGCCAUCUUUACACACAGGAAUGUAGACCUGUUGUAAAUGUAAGCACUGGAAGUACUUUGCAAGUUGUUGUACCUGAAUCUCAAGAACGCAGGCCUCAGUCAAGCCUUUUGUCUCCAGGAAGAAGAAAAGGUGAACCAUCAAAGAAAAGAGAUGCAGGACUUUCCAUUCCUCAUGUUUCUGCAAGAAACCUGCAGUUGUCUGGUAUAUCUUCCCUUGGAGAAGUAAUUAAUGAAAAUUUCCCACAAAUGGUAAUUGCAAAUGCAACUGAAAAGAUUCUUCAUAACAAAACCCUUCAGGAGAAACUGGCUGACACCAUUAACAAGGUCUUGGUCAAUGACAGUAGUGCUGCUCAUCUCUCAAAUCAAGCACCAGAGACAUCUUCAGCUCAGGAGCAGUCUUUUGAUGAAAUCCUUGGACUUCAGGGUGAAAUCCACAUGUCUGAAGAAGCUAUACAAGACAUCCUAGAGCAGACAGAGUCAGACCCAGCAUUUCAGGCUCUCUUUGACCUAUUUGAUUACAAUACCAGCAUAGUAAUGUUGGACAGUUCAUUUUGUUCCACCAAAAAAGUGUCUCCUGUGACAGUGGGAGAUAAAAAUAGAGAUGUUGAAGUUAACACCACCCCAUCCAAAAGUGGCUCAGAAUCUGUCAUUGGAUCCAUUGGCAAGCAGGUAUGUAGUCUUUUAUCCAGUCCGAGCAACUCCCAGGAGUGUUCACAGGCUGAAGAGUCUUCAGACCCUACGUCUGACUGCAUCAUGCCAAACUACAACCCUAGUACAGAAGGAAAGAUAAGUCUUGAAAAACAGUCUUCUGAUACAUGUUCUGAGAAAACAUCCAAGACAUGUUCUUUAGCAGAAAUAGAAACUGAAGGUGAUGUUGACGAUCAAUGUAUUGAUGUUCAGAAUGCAGUCACUUUGCAGCAGGGACACGCUGUGCAGAUAGUCGCAGAGAAAAACAGUUCCAGUUUAUCCAAGGAACAGGAAACGUCUCCCUUGGUAGAGAAAACUGAAAUAGAAGUCAAGUCCUUUCAGCAAGAUGCACCAUUGCCUUCAUCAGUAGAUAUGUCCAGCGAAAUAGAUGAGCCGAAUGAUACUUCAUUGCAAAUUGUGAGUGACACAGAGACUGAGAUUGCAUGUAAUAUUUUGAAGGAGAAUAGAGAAACGUGUCAAAGUGAUGAAAUGAUUUCUGCAACAGUGUUGUCAGUAGAGAAGGCUAUUGUUUGCAACUUUGACUCAGGAGUACAGAAUGAGACUGAGCCAAUAAAUGCCAAAAUGCCUUUAAGCAUGGCAACUGAGCAGAACUUGUGCAGUGUUUCACAUUCUGAAUAUUCUGCCCAGGAAGAAUUGUCUGUUGAAAUCCAGCCUUCAUCCAGCACAGAUCCUGAAAUGAUAAUCUCUGAGGAGGAUCCUGAAACUUUACAUUUUGAAGAGUCCUUUGUUGAGGUAGAAAAUAGUCCACCUCAAUCACCUUCUAAAGGAGAAACGUCUGGAGGAGCUUCAGUGGACUCAGACUGCAUUAUUGUUGAAGACUGUUCUGACUGCUGUUCAUCUUUAAAUGGUGGUGUUCCACAGUCCUCUACAUUCCCACAUCCCACCACCAUAACAGUUUCUGCAGGCAGUGACUCUCUAAGCACUAGGCAAGUGGAGAGUGAGAGUCCUUCCAAAUUAGUUUCACUCAGAAUCAUUACUUCUGACCCAGAAAAUUCGAGUGUGGGUGAAAUAAAAACAGCAGUUUGUAGUAACAAUUCAUACAACAUUCCUACUAUAGUAAUGUCCUCUCCUAAUAAGACUUCACUGGGCGAUGCUUUAUCUCAUGAUGCAAAUGUUAAAAGUUCAGAUGUAAACACCUCAGAAAAAACAGAAGACACAGCUUCAGCAGUCUCGCAUACUGCUCUUCCUGGACCCACCAGUCGCCCAGCAGGUGUACUGUCCUUGCAGUCUGAAAAGUCUAAUAUUCUGCCAAGCUUGGGUAUGGGUAUUAGUCCACUGGAGAAAAAUAUUAUUCAUGUGGCGCCAGCAGGUAGUACAGUUUUCAGAGAGUCAGAUGGCUUCUUUGUUUUGAACUGUGUAACUGAUUCAGCAUCUCUAAGUGGUGGUUUGCCUAAACCCAGUGGAGUAAUGCUGCCUAGUAGUGCUAUUGCCAGCUCAGCAUCAGCAUCACAACAGUUAAUGGCAACUCCUCCAAGAAAAAACACUAUAGUCACUGCCAGCAACCCAGUAGCUAAAACUUUUUCCCAAGGUUCCACAUUUAUACUAUCCUCUCCAGUGCAGCCAGUUCUUCAAGGAAUGGUGGGGAUGAUUCCUUUUUCAUUAAUGGGCCAGAAUACACGCAUUUCAUUACCUCAGGUGGUUCAAAUACAAGCAGCACAUCCUGGGAAGCUACCAAUCCCAGCAAGAUAUCGUAGGCCGGCAGUGCUGAGACGCUCAGGUAAAACCUCAAAGUUAUCCAAAACAACAGUUAAUAUUUCAGCCAGUGUUUCUGGUCUUCGGACAUCAAGGCCUGGUAAUGUAGAGAAGAGAGAGAUAGUUGUGAACUCUACUACAGUGGCAGUAGCUACCACAGCAUCAGCAUUGCGACUUGCACAGACCCAUCGCCGGGUGCUCAGCUUUGAUGAGUCUUCCGCCAGUAGCCAAGAGCUAAGGGUACUGUUACCACUGCGUAGCACAGAAGGUGACAAAUUGGUGUCUACUGUAUCCCCAGUUGUUGAAACAUCACCAGUGAAUUUGAAAUCAAAGUCUUCUGAUGAAAGCAGAGUUGAAAGUCUUGCUUCUUUAUCAAAGCAGAUACCAGAUUGUGAAACAAUGGAUGAUAAAACAGUAUCAGAUGAAAACUUUCUAGAAAAGGAAACACCUGUCGAAUCACUUUGCAGCACUUCAGCCAAUAAAGAGAAUGAAAUGAUUCUAUGCAAAGAACAGCAGAAAAGCCAGGAAAAAACAAAGAUUUCACAGGGUGUAGUACGGGGUGCAAGACCUAGAAAGGCUAAAUCCUCUUUGUUGCAAGAUGGUAGCAGCAUCUCUCAAGGAGAGUGUAACCUUAGAGUGCCAAAUGUUGUCUCUUUGACCAAAGAAGAGUUGACUGCAAAAAUAAAUCAAAGCAAGUCAAACAGGCAGUCUGUAAAUUUAACCAGUCCCUUGACCAAACAAGCAGCUGAGAUGCUACAAGACUUGCAGUGUCAAAGCCCAACACCAAAACAAGCUGAAAAUAUUGACUUAGAAUUACCAAGAACUCCAGGUUCAGGAACUGUAGACAAACAUACAGAGGAUACAUCGGAUAGUUUAAGAACACCAGUCUGCAAACGAUUGAGUGAAGAAGGGGGAACACCUCGAAGAACAGUGACUCGCACUACUCCUGUCUUGCCUACCUGUAGUCCUGUAAGUGAAACAGGUAGUGAAAGUAGUAUAAAUAUGGCAGCACACACACUUAUGAUAUUGUCAAGGGCGACUGUAACAGAGAGUGCUGGUACCACUCCAUUGAAGGACAAUACACAACAGUUUAAGUCUACAAAGACUGUGGGGCAAAAAAGAAAAUUAGAAGAUUCAGAGGGAAAUGAAAGGCAAAAACAGCCCGUUACUGAAGAUUCCCAGAAUUCAGUUUCACCCAUCCGAAAAAAGAAGGCAAAGAAACAAAAGAAAAAGAAGUUGCUGGACUCCUUUCCAACUGGUCUGGAUGUGGAUAAGUUUUUAUCAUCAUUGCAUUAUGAUGAGUGAAGUACUUUGGUGGAUGGCUGUAGCUACAAGUUUUCUGAGCUUUACCUUUCCUUCAGUAGGUGGAGCAUAUGAGCCUCUUUCACUUGUUACACCACUGCCUUUCUAAUUCAGAAUUCUUACCAAGGCCUUUUGGGAUUCCCGUUUCUGCAGUUUCUUUUCAUCUAGAGUUGAGUACAAUAACUGGGAUGAUGAAUCUGAUUGGAUCACGUGUCCACAAUGGUGGUGAAAAACAGUGCCAUAUGAUGAAUAAGAGACUGUGAUUUUAUUUUUUACUAAUUGUUUUAGUAAUAUCUGGUACAUCUUGACCCCUUUAAAGGUAUAGGUAACAAGAUUUGUUUCCUGUUUAUCACUGGAUCUUCAGAAGUAUUUAUUCUCCUUGGUGCACUAAUGUAUUAACAAAUGCUAGAAUGGUUGCAGUAAUCGGUUACAGGAGUGCAUUUUGUAAGCAAUCACUGCUGUUCUUACUACACACCAUUGUCCAUAAUGGUGAUAUGGAUGAUGCAGGCAUGGUCAGUUUAAAAAAUUUUCUUUCUGCAAGAAGAGCAGGUGGUGGACCCAUGUACUCUUUGAAAUCACUACCUUAAUUUCUGAGAUCUUGGACGUCUACAUUUGCCUCAUCACUCUUGAGUUUUGUUUUGUGGGAACAGUGUACUUAAUACAUUUAAGCUAUUCAUUGUUUAUGCUGAAACAUUUUGCAUUACUGCCAGCGGUGUGCCUGUAGCGCUGCUGUCAUUUAGUGUUCCUGUAGUAGUCCCAUGAACACUGCUUAUCAUUAUAUAGUUGCAUCAUUGCUGUGAAAAUAUAUGGGUUUCCUGAUUUGUACUACCCCAUUUAAUGCAAGUUAUAAUUUACAUUAACAUGGAUGGCAUUGUAAUGCUUAAAAGCCUUUCUUUAGCUAACUGACUACCACCACCUUAAGAAUUAAGAUUAUGGCCCAUCUUUUCUGCUAGUUUUCAGUUGUUUUAUAUCUGCAGUUUGAUAAUAUAAUUUGUACAGAAUGUUAAGUAUGUAUAUUGAAAAGAAUGUAUUUUAAAUCAACAGAAAAAGAAAAACUAUGUUCAGAUAUGGUUAAGCCCAACUUGUAAAUUUCAGAUGUCGAAACAAAUAAAUAUCUUUUACAAGGA